CUUUCUACAAUGGCUGAAGACCGUGUAAAUGUAGUCACUAGAUCGGAGAAGCUGGACAUUGACAUCUUAUUGAGGAUUUUCCAAAAGUGUUUUAGCCUCCAAGAGUUGGUGAACUCUGGAUCAGCUCAUGUUUGUAGAGAAUGGCGUGCGGCUUGCUGUGAACCCAUUCUGUGGAACACGCUCGAUCUAUCUCACAUGAAAUCUAAUUUCAUCAAAGUCCCACAAAAGCCGUUUGUGUACGUGGAGAGCCGCUCUGAUGAGAACCUGACUCGGCUCUUGAAACUCUCCAUGAGUCUUAGCAAGGGAAACACAAGGACGAUGAUCGUCCAUUUCAACUUGUUUCUGAAUGAUUACAUGCUUACUUACACCGCAAUAAGGUGUCCAAACUUGAGACGUUUAGUGCUACCGGCUUGGAACAGAAUAAAGAAGAAGGGUUUAUCCAAUGCCAUACAAUGCUGUAAGAGCCUAGAAUCACUGACAAUGCCAAGCAUCUCGAAGCCGUAUUCUGUCUUUUCAUCGAUAGCCAUGAACUGCAAGAAUUUCAGAGAGCUCAAGGUGAUGGGUCCAAUAAACCUCUCCUUCGUCCAGGUGCUCGUGCAGCUCCUCCCGGAUCUCAAAGUCAUCAGCCUCAGAUGCAAUUCCAUAGACCAAGAUGCACUCAUAACAAUUUUGGAUAAAAUGGAAAGCCUCGAAGUUCUCAACAUUUCUCAUUCUUACCUCCUGCGACAGGAGACGAUCAUUGUUAAGGAGCUUGACAAGACGAUAAUGAACAAGGCCUCGAAACUGAAACGAUUCAUAACUUGUAUGGAGCGCGAUACUUGUGUGAUGUGUCAGAGGACGGAGGAGGACGAAGGGAUCAUGAGAUGGUAUAAGUACGAGGAAGGGCUAUGGAAAGCAGACGAAGGAAACACAAGGACGAUGAUCGUCCAUUUCAACUUGUUUCUGAAUGAUUACAUGCUUACUUACACCGCAAUAAGGUGUCCAAACUUGAGACGUUUAGUGCUACCGGCUUGGAACAGAAUAAAGAAGAAGGGUUUAUCCAAUGCCAUACAAUGCUGUAAGAGCCUAGAAUCACUGACAAUGCCAAGCAUCUCGAAGCCGUAUUCUGUCUUUUCAUCGAUAGCCAUGAACUGCAAGAAUUUCAGAGAGCUCAAGGUGAUGGGUCCAAUAAACCUCUCCUUCGUCCAGGUGCUCGUGCAGCUCCUCCCGGAUCUCAAAGUCAUCAGCCUCAGAUGCAAUUCCAUAGACCAAGAUGCACUCAUAACAAUUUUGGAUAAAAUGGAAAGCCUCGAAGUUCUCAACAUUUCUCAUUCUUACCUCCUGCGACAGGAGACGAUCAUUGUUAAGGAGCUUGACAAGACGAUAAUGAACAAGGCCUCGAAACUGAAACGAUUCAUAACUUGUAUGGAGCGCGAUACUUGUGUGAUGUGUCAGAGGAUGGAGGAGGACGAAGGGAUCAUGAGAUGGUAUAAGUACGAGGAAGGGCUAUGGAAAGCAGACGAAGUCGCCUCCCUUCAUCUUUAA